AUGGCUGCGAAGGGCGUUUCGGUGCUCAAGUUUGUGGGCACCGUCUCGCUUGGUGUCAUGACGGGCCUUUCCUACACCCUCUCCUCGCUCACAAUUCCCACGCUCCUGACCCUCCCUUCGGCCGAGACAGCUGCCCAGGCAUUCGACGCCCUCACGGCGACGGCCACUCGCCAUCUUCGUUCCCUGUCCUCCAUAUCUUCAUCUGCCUUUGCCCUUGCCUACUUAUUCUCCCCGCGCCCUUAUCGCCAUCCUUAUCUGCUCUAUGCCUCGGCUCUGGCCCUGGGUUCCCACCUCGCCGCCUCGGACUUGCUGGCCCCCUACCUGAUCUCCCUCGACCCCGCUACCGUGUCUGCUUCUGCCUCGAGGCAGAGGAAGGAGAGGCAGAAGCAGAAGAAGGAGAGGCUCGAUCGCAUGAGGAUGGAGGCUAGCUACGAGAUGCUGGGCGUUGAUGCGCACAGUGAGGGCAGCGUUGAGGCUAGCGGCGAGGAGCUUGAGGGUGAGGAGAGCGGCGCUGUCAAUGGCGAGGAGGUGCGCGCUGAGGUUGAGACUUUCCUCAAGAAGCAGAUCGUGCGCAGCGCCUUUGCUGGCCUGGGCUUCUUGCUCUCUGUUGUGGGUAUUUGGGGUGAUGGUGUGGGCGUCGUCUCUGGCCCGACGAUUGUCGUUGAGGCGUAG